AUGACAGAACGUAUAAUAAAUGGCUUACAUCCAAAUAAUUUACGAUAUCUUUUCUAUUUGGUGACUCCAAAUGAGACCAUCUAUAGUACGAUGGAAGAAGUUCCUAACUAUACGGAUCUUUCAGUCAUAUGGUUGUUAGUACUAGUCAUUACUGAAUUCUAUUUUCUCGAUGACAGAAAGUAUGCUUUCAAUGAUACAGUCACUAGUAUCAAUGCUGGAAUCUUUUCAUUGCUAAUCAAGUUUGGAGGACGUUAUCUUUCGGCAAAGCUUUACAAAGAUGUUUAUGACUACAUACACAUAAUUGAUUUACCUCCGGACAGUCCAACAACAUGGAUUAUCUGUUUCUUUUCGCAAGAUCUAAUGUACUAUCUAGGACAUCGAGCUAUUCACGAAGCUGGAGUGUUUUGGUCAUUCCAUCAAAUGCAUCAUUCAUCUGAAUAUUAUAACUUGAGUACUGCUCUACGACAGGGCGCUGUACAAGAUUUCGGCAUGGCAUUCUUUGAUUUAUUACAAUGCAUAGCUAUUCCACCCAAUAUUUUUGUAGUUCAUCGUUAUCUCAACGUGCUGUAUCAGUUUUGGCUACAUACUGAGAUGAUACCUUAUUUGGGUUUUUUGGAAUAUUUCUUUAACACACCCUCGUCUCAUCGUGUACAUCAUGGACGUAAUGCUUACUGUAUUGAUCGAAAUUAUGGAGGAACUUUAAUUAUUUGGGACAGAUUAUUUGGUACUUACGCACGCGAAAAAGAGAAUGAGGAAAUCGCCUAUGGUUUGGUAUCGCCCGUCAAUACUUUCGAUCAAUUUUAUUGUCAAUUUUUCGAGUUCAAGGAGUUAGGAUAUGAUAAAGCCCGAUUGAAAGAUGAUAAGGGGAAUGAAAUCUUCCCAACUUGGUUGGAAAAAUUCAAAGCUACUUUCGGCCCUCCUGGUUAUUUCCCCGGUGUGAAAACUAAACAGUUCUUCUGGUGGAGAUGUAUGGUUGAUAAUGAAGAAGGAAUCCCAGAAAUAGAGAAACCUAUUCGAGUUUACAACCCCACAUUGAAUUACCCUAUUCGACUGUAUCUGCUGGCAACCAUGCUUGUACUAGUCUCCUCAGCACUUCACUUCAAUGAGAUUCGUCAAACAUUAUCGAAUUAUCAAUGUAUGUUGUAUUUCAUUUACUUGCUCGCAAUAAUGCAGACAUUUGGAUAUUAUUUUGAUCAGAGUAAAUGGGCUUUCCACUUCGAUCUAUUCCGACUUGCUGUACUGCUGGUAGGAGGACUUAACUAUGAUAAUAUGAGUCUCAUUAACUACUCGUUGAUAUCAUUGUUCACCAUUAUAACUUUAAAUAGUUUGGGUUUGAUUGACCCUGCAAAAGAAACGAAGAAAAUACAAUAA